GGUGCCUUAAUUUAGAAGCCAAAAUCCCUCAACGAACUCUUAAGGACGAAGCAAAGGCUGGUUGUUUAUGUGUCAGUGUAAACAGCGUUAUUAAGAUUUAAGAGAUAUAAGGGGAACACAGAAUCUAGCGAUGAUGGAGAUGAUGCAGUAUAAGUUCAAUUGUUCUCUCUGCUUUGUUCUGCUUUGCUUACUGGGGAUCUUCCGAUUAGGGUUUUCAGCUCAAGAGCAAGUGAUACAAAUGAGGAGCAGCACAACUCCCUCUGCUAGGCCUCUUCUGGGCGGACUUCGGAACUGUAAGGGAAACCCAAACGAUGGAGAAAUUGAAAGCCUUGGUCGAUUCGCUGUGCUGGAGCACAACAAAAAAGAGAAUGCCCUUCUUGAGUUUGCGCGAGUUGUCAGUGCCAAACAGCAGGUUGUUGCUGGUAUGAUGUAUCAUCUUACUUUGGAGGUGAUUGAUGCUGGUAAGAAAAGGAUGUAUGAAGCUAAAGUUUGGGUGAAGCCAUGGAUGAGCUUCAAACAGUUGCAGGAAUUCAAGCGCGCCCAUGAGGUCCCUUCAUUUACCACCUCUGACCUUGGCAUCAAACAUGGUAAUUGAGAAUUACGUCAAGUUUGAAUUGCUCUUGAAAGUCGUAUCAAGGAAGAGAAGUUUAAGGUUAUUCUCAGUAAGAACAUCGAGGGGAAGUUUUACUUGGAUCAUAUGGAGCAAGACUACUCAUGAAUACUUACUAGUUCAAUAAUGUCGAGUAUCGCCUGCUGGCUGCUACUCUAUCAAUACUGUAUUAGUGUGUGUGUUUGCCUUUACACUCAUAGUUACCAAUAAAUGACUUCAAUGUAUGCAAUGAACAUGUCUGUACAUAUUACAUGUGUGUAUAUAUAUCUCUAAAAUUUUAAUAA